AUGCCGCCGAAGAAAGCAUGCGACAUCUGCUACAAGAGAAAGAUCCAAUGUUCCAUCCCUACCCCAAAUUUGCCAUGUAAUUGGUGCAGCCAUCAUGACCUGCAGUGUACCUUUGAUCGAGAGGUGCCAAGAGGCUCAAAAUCUAGGUAUUACGCCGAGCUGGCUAUUUUGUUGAAUCACAUCAAGGCAACGUCUGGCGAGAUUAAGGCACUGUUGCGUCGUAUUGACCAACUCGAGGGUGCCUUGUUAGCCACCCACGAUGCGCGAAGAAGCGAGCCUUCCCUGGCCAUGACGGUUCCAAUCGCCGAUGCUGGGAGCAGUAGACCGAAUCUUCAACCAAGAUCGCUUAGUCCAACGUCGCCGGGAGAGACAAUCCGAAGACAAACCACUCCCUCGGGAAAUGUGUUGGGGCAUCAUUGGUACUACCGGGGAAUGCCUAUUUUAUCAGAAAGGGGCCGCGCAUGGAUAGCAUCCAAAACAGACCAAGCGACGGCAUUGGAGCGGCAUCAUCUGUUUGGAUCUUCACCUGGACCGUUUCUUCCAAAGCCUUUCGGAAACUUGCGCGGACUCAAUCAAUUGCCCGACGAGGGUGUGACUCGACAAGUCUUGCAGUGCUUCCUCCAGUCGCACACUUGGUUGUUGUUCCCAGUAAUAGACCGCAUUCUGUUCGAGAAAACUAUCUCGAUGGCCUAUCACGGUAACCAGGACCCAGUGACGUCGUGGGCGCCCGCAGCUGCUUGCAUUCUAUGUCUUCAUUCCAUAUCCAGUCGAUUGCGAGACGUGCGAGCUCUGGAAACCUCCGUAAAUGAUGCUCAAUAUGCGGAUGUACUACAGAUGUUCUUGCCUUACCUCACUAGCGAGGCAACCAUAGAGAGCCUUCAAGCUCUGUUGAUGCUGCAAGAAUAUAGAAGAGUUAGCGGACGAUGGCAAAAUGCAAAUAUGCUACAUGCCCUUGCGUGUCGCAUGGUUUGCGAACUCAAAGGUCACAUUCAACAUUCUGCCUCGUCUUUUGCGAUGGGCGAUACCGAAAAUGAGCAUCAGACUGACCACAUUCGACGGCUUUUCUGGAUUUGUUAUGCUAGGGAUAAAGACGUCUCACUUCGAUCUGGGCAACUGCCGUCAUUGGCUGGAAUCUACUGCGACUUGGCACUACCGGAAGACUACAGUUCUUAUUAUGAUCAUUUCCUGCGAUUGAGUAAUGGCGAGGAUACACAAGCUGACCAGGAAUGCACUUUUGAUUUUAUUGUCCCAGGAGAUGUCCGCCUAAGCAUCAUCGGAGAAGAAGCUUUCUAUUUGCUCUACUCGCCAACGGCCUUGAAAGUGAACGAUACCGAGCUUCUGUUGCGUAUACGGCAACUAGAUGAUCAACUAGAGAACUGGAGAUUAACUGUGCCCCCAAAUUUUCGCCCUAGGCUGUCUAUACCGCCAGAUCGACCAUUUCUUCCCAACAGAACCAAGGCAAACUUCCUGUCGAGUGUCUUUCGUCUGCAAUUGCAACUGGACUACCAUUAUAUGCUGACGGCAAUACACACAACAGUGCGGAGAUGUGGCUCUGAGUAUUCGGAAUCUGAGAGCCUGCCGGAGGAUCUCCACCUGGUGCUUCAUUCAAGCAUCGACCUCCUCUUGGAAGCUAGCCGGUCAACGCUCAUCCUGCUGAAGUUUGCGAUUGAUUUGCUAGAAGAGGAGGCGUUUUGGGAUGUCGUGUUCUAUUCUCCUGUGGCGGUCAUGUCAUUGUUCGUCGAUGUCCUGAUCCAUCCAAACAGCGACCACGCACAGAGCGAUAUAGCAGCGUUAACCACAGCAAUGAACAUGAUACAAACUAUCCCCGCAGACAAAAUUUCUCCAACUGAGGCUGAGCAUGUUCAAGAAAUUGCCGACUUCAUCAUGGAGACUGUAAGACUUGGCGGCAGGGCAAUCUGGAAAGCAAAGCGGAAUAAGCCUCCUACUCUGGAGUAG